AUGCGUGAAGUCAGAAUCGAAAAAGCCCUCUACUACCGCACCAAGGAAUUCGACAGUUACUGCAAAGGCUACCCGAAGACCUCAGAAAUCUCCCUUGUGGAUGCAAUUCUGGAGUGGGAAACUAAAUACAAACCUCAUAUCGAACAACUAGAGACACGGGCUCUCAGGCUCGGGAAAGGCGAUUAUACGCGCCUGUGUGAUCUUGAAAACCCCCAGGUUGUAGAGAGGUUGACAGUCCGUGAGUCGUCUUGGAACAAUGGCAGAAAUGAUUGGGCUUCGCCUGGCGAAGAAGAAUGCUUCAAGGCAAAGGGGCUACUGGUCUUUCCCCCUGAUGUCAUAUGCGCGCCUUUUGACAACUACUCGGUGUCAGAAUUUGGGGCAGACAAGUCCGCAUUUACCUUUCCCCUGCCCAAAGACGACAUCUCCUUGUUCGUCUGUUCUAUCGUCCCAGUACGCGAGGGAGACUUCCUUGGCAUCUUUGCUGGCAAUAUUCGCUUUUCGACGGACGUGAGCGUCACGCACGGUAUCCGCGGCCCUGUUGACAAUUUGUGGCUAGACUACUCACAGGUUACUGGUACGCUGAAUCAAAUGCUGGUGUCGGAACCUGGUGGACCAGCAAACGUCUGCCUCGUGUGGGAAGUAAUAUCUGAUGAUAUUGGGACAGAGGCUCGCACUUCAUGGAGAGUUUCUGUGAAAGCCACGAAGUCUAUCACGCCGUUUGACCCUCUUAUUCGCGUGGCUGCUGAGCAAGAGCAAUACAUAUUGCAUUCAUCCCCCGAGAAUGCAUGGAGAGGCUUUCUCGUACCUUGCCAGACUGACUGA